AUGGAGGAAUUGCUCUGUGACGCAGCUAUGAGAGGGGAUCUAGAAUCGCUACACGAAAUAAUUGCAAAGGAUAAUUACAUUCUGGAUAAAGUUUUGGUGGGAAGUUUCAAAGGAAAAAACCCGCUUCACGUGGCUACAUCAAUAGGGCAAGCAGAAUUUGUUCAAAAACUUCUGGAAAUUAAACCAAAGCUUGCCAAAGUUUUAGAUACGAAACUAGGAGCAGCCCUUCACAUAGCAUCCGCUAAUGGAGACGUCAUGAUUGUGGAAGCUUUAGUGGAGCUUAGUCCUGAGAUGUGCAUGGCUCGUAAUCGAGAUGGUAAUAACCCUCUUCAUAUCGCUGCAAUGGAAGGCAAGGUCGACGUAUUGAAAAAGUUGGUUGAAACCUGCCCCCUGGCAGCUCAAGUUAUUUUAGAUCGAGGCGACACCAUUUUACACUUGUGUGUAAAGUAUAAUCAGCUUGAGUGUCUCCGACUAUUGCUAGAGAUUAUUAGAGAUCCCGAUUUCGUACAAUCUAAGGACGCCAAUGGUAAUACCAUGUUACACCUAGCUGUUUUCAGUAAGCGUUUUCAGUUUGCAUCACAUUUUUACAUGUUUCCUGUUAAUCCUGAUGAGAGAAAUUUAAGAAGUAUCUACGUUUUUCAGAUUGUCGAACGUGUACUCAAGAGUACUAGAAUAGAUGUGGAUGCACCUAAUGGAGCUGGGUGGACAGCGAUGGAUAUUUAUUUCUUUGUGCGAAAUCGUUCACAUAGGCAUGAAGUGGAUGUGUGGAUCGAAAAAUUCCUACGUAGAGCUGGGGCUAGAAGACGUAGAGAGAUGUUGGUGUUCACGUCUCAAAGCCAGGAGAAAUUAAUGCAGACAGUAAUGGUUGUAUCAUCUCUUUUUGCAACAAUGGCAUUCCAAGUGGGGGUGAACCCUCCAGGCGGUGUUUGGCAAGACAAUUUCAAAGGACACAUUGCUGGAAAAGCUAUGCUUGCUGAUGAAUAUCCGAAUUCAUAUGCGUGCUUCAUGUUUUUCAACACGGUAGGAUUCCUUCUGUCUUUGUUUUUAAUCUUAUCGAUCCUAGCGACAGCUGUGCCAGUGACAAGAAAUCCUCGGGGGUUGCUUCUACCUGUCAUCUCGUGGUUGACGAUCAUGACCACGGCGUUCGCUUAUACAUAUUCCAUCAUUGUUGUCUCACCGAAGCAUAUGAUGGCCGUAACCAAUACCAUUUUGGUUUCUGUAAUCGUGUGGGCCUUUGUGAUGAUACUUUUGGCCGUAGAGGUCGUGGCUGCCUUUGAGCUUUCCAGAUCAAAGAAGGACUGGGAAAUGAUGUCCAGAUUAGCUAGCUAG